AUGAAACACUCAAUUUCAUUUCUUAAAAUAUUAUUUUUAAGAUCAGUCCUAUACCAAAAUUGUAUGACUGACAAUGAGAAUGAUUGUAUAUAUUCAGAUUUUUAAAUUGUGGGAACAAUCAAAUCAAAUACUGGUACAUGUGGCUCAGGUUCUAAAAAUGUAUUUAUGGGGCCAUUUGGUUUAUAAACUUUAGUUACUUAUCAUAUUCCCUACCUUAUCCCCAACAAAUUAGUGGACCUUUCACUUGGAAUAUGGAAGUUUGACUCUUGGGAUCAUGAAGUAUUAGAGAUUCGGAUAAAUAAUGAUCUAAUGGGUAAAUUGGAAGCAGAAACUCAUGAUUAUCCCAACUUAUGCGGAAUUGAAAAUUGGGGAGAUCACCUUUACCCUUUUUCCUUUUAGUAUUAUCUAACAGAUACUCAUUUUACAUUAACAUUAAAAGACUUUUUAGAUUAAGGCAUAGCUGAUGGUACGUGUUGAAUAAUUUUUAGAAUCUUGGGGAUUCAGAGAUUUUGUUUUGAAAAUUUCACCUCAAUGUGUUAAUUUUUAUAGUGAAUGUAAUUAUUCUGGAGAAUUCUUCCAAAUAUGCAAAGGUGAUAAAACUACCAGAUCUACAAACUUACCCUAUGAGAUAAAAUCGAUUAUGAUGGAUUACGGCAUCAUUGUGAAAAUAAAAGAUCCAGACUAGUUCGGAGGUGCUUUAUAAGAGUUUUCGUCUUCAUAACCCUGCAUAGGUGCAUAUAAGGUACUCCUUUAAGAAUCAACUUUAGUUCCCAAAAUAUAUUCCAUAAUGA